CACUGCUUAAUUAAAUUGUGUUGCGCUCUCUCUCUCUCUCUCUCUUUUUUUAAGCUAAUGGCAUCUACUUGUUCUGAACAAAAAAGAAUAGAAGAAAUAACAAGUGUCUUGAAGAAUGAGAUAAAAGGGUUUCCUUCACCAAAACGCUUUAUUCCUUCAGAACCUGAACUUAAAAAAACAACAGGAGAUCUUCGUCAAUGUGGAGCUAAUCUAGUACAGAUCACUAAAAGUGAGAUCACACUAAACACACUUCAUCCUCGAGAACAAGAAAAAGAAGAUGAAAACAUCAUGCAAGGUUUCAAUCUCUUGUUGAAUAACCAAUUCAUGGCAGCCAAGAUGUUAUUUGAGCAAAAAUCAAAUGAGGAUCCUCUAAGUGCUUUGGCUGUGAGUUCAAUGGCAUUUUUAAAAGCUGUGAUGACCUCAUCUGAACAAGAUCAAACCAUGGCAUUAAAUGCACUCAAUACAACGUAUGAUAUAGCCAACACACAGAUAGAUUUAGCCAAAACAUCCUCUAAACUCACUGAUUAUAUCCCUGGUUAUCUCAAAAAGAUGCAAAGGCCCCAAGCUUAUCCAGCCAAUGGUGUACUGCGUGCUCAUGUCUUGAAAGCAGAAUGCUGUCUUCAGAUAGCCAUUUUACAGUUACUGCAAGAGUCUAUGAUAGGCUAUGUCAAAUGUGGAUUGAAUUUACGUCGAGCCUAUAGUUCUUAUAGUUUUGUAUGGCAGGAAUAUAAAAAGAUGGGCACAGACCAUUUGGCUAUCAUGGAUUCAGAUACACUUUCAGGAGUCAGAUUUGGGAUUGGCUCUGUUCAUCUUGUUUUGUCUGCUUUACCUGCAAAGAUACUCAAGGCCAUUUCUGCCUUUGGAUGGAAACCAGACAGACAACUUGGAUUUACGUUGUUGAAUGAAUGUGCUCAAAUGAGAAGGGUACGUUCGCCUAUGGCUACCAUGAUGCUACUUGCUUAUUAUGUCUCUGCCAUUUCAUUUGCCCCACAAAUUAUGACCGAUGUCUAUAAAAAGACAGCCAUGGAUACCCUGUUGGAUGCUCAAAAAGAACACCCAGAUUCUGUUGUUUACCUUUAUUUUGCUGGUCGAAUGGCACGUCAAAGCCUUGAUCUACCCUUAUCGACGCAAUCUUUUCUUUAUGCGACACAAGUCAGUCAGAACGAAUGGGCUGAAUUAGCUGUGACCAAUGCGUGUCGCUUUGAAAUAGCCAUGAACCACAUGAUCACAGGCAAUUGGCAGCAGGCAGCCAAUGCCUUUGCCUAUCUGACUCAACAACAGUAUUGGUCAGCAGCCUUUUGUCAUUAUGCUCAAGGUGCUUGUUAUGGUAUGAUGGGGGAUCGAGCACAGGCUGUCUUGUUAUUUGCCCAAAUACCUUAUUUAGCAGGCAAGAAGCUCUCUGACAUCGAUACCUAUGUGUUGCGUAAAGUGACCAUGUUCCAACAGAGUGGUUAUCAAAACCUUCAUUUCUUUAGUCCUUUGCUUGAAUUUAUGUGUAUCUGGAACUUGUUUACUUACAUGAGUCCUGAAUUACUUACACUCUCUUUAAAUCGUAUUCAGACUGCAUUAGCCAGUAUUCAAAAAGCAGAACAAGCAGAACAAGAAGAACGUAUGAAGGAAAUUGCGCCUGAUGCACCUGUACCUAACUAUUUUGAUGAACGCGCUUGUUUGCUAGUCAUCAAAUCCUCCAUGUUGAAUGCACUCGGCCGUGCUGAAGAUAUCACACUGGACAUCAAUUGGGUCAUAGACCAUAAAGAACACAUUUCACAAGAUACCUGGACAGUGCCUUAUGCUUUAUGGGAAGCUGGUAUCUCUUGUCAAUCCAUGAACCUCAAGCAAAAAUGCCGACAAGUAUGGGAGAUGGCUUUGGAUCAUGGCAAACAUGACUUUGAACAUCGACUGGCCAUUCGUUUGAAUUUAGCCUUGACAAGGUUAGAAGAAGAAUAAACU